GCAACGUCUAGUCGUCUACGUCUUGGACCAGAGAACAGACAGCACUCCUCAAACGUAACAGCAAAAGUGCGAAUCACUAAAAUGUUGUCAUCCUCAACCUCAAGGAUCACUUUCAUUUUUAGGUAUUCUCUUCUCCAAAUCCCUAAUUUUCUUUCCUUCCCUUCCUCUUCAUCCCUUCACUCUCAUUCUACUCGCCAAGUUGAUGAAGCUGUUCAUUCCUUCACUCGCAUGCUCUCUAUGCGUCGUACUCCUCCCAUCAUCCAAUUUAACCAGAUUUUGGGAUCUCUUUCCAAGACGAAGCAUUUCCACGCCGCCGUUUCCCUUUUUCAGCAAUUGGAAGCCAGAGGAAUCGCUCCCGACUUAUUUACUUUGAGCAUCGUAAUUAAUUGUUGUUGCGGCAUGGGUCGUAUGACGCUUGCUUUCUCUGUAUUGGCCAAGAUUUUCAGAAUGGAUUAUCAACCUAAUACGGUAACAUUGACAACAAUCCUGAAAGGUCUCUAUCUCUGUGGUAGUGUUGAAAAAGCAGUGCGCUUUCAUGACAGAGUGCUGGCUCAUGGAUUUCACUUCGACCAAGUCACUUAUGGGACCUUGAUCAAUGGGCUCUGUAAGACCGGACACCCAUCAGCUGCUAUUCAAGUGCUGAGAAAGAUCCCACGGCAUGGGAUUGUUCCUAAUGUCUUCAUGUACAACUCAAUUAUUGAUAGCCUUUGCAAGGUUACACUUGUAAAUGAUGCUUUUCAUUUAUACUCUGAAAUGCUUGCUAAGGGAAUUUCUCCCAAUGUUAUCACGUACAGCACUCUAAUUUAUGGAUUGUGCCUUGCUGGUCAACUCAAGGAAGCCGUUCAUUUGCUAAAUGAUAUGAUUCUCAUAAACAUUACUCCAAAUGUUCGUACAUAUAGUAUUUUGAUCGAUGGGCUAUGCAAGGAAGGAAAGAUCAAAGAUGCUAAGAAUGUGUUGGCUGUGAUGACAAAACAUGGUGUGAAACCAGAUGUGGUUACUUAUAACUGCUUAAUGGACGGGUAUUGUUUGGUUAAUCAGGUAAAUAAGGCAAAAUAUGUAUUCAACACAAUGGCCAAGAGUAGACCAUUUCCUAAUGUUCGGAGUUACAAUAUCAUGAUUAAUGGCUUUUGUAAGAGUAAAAUGAUCGAUGAUGCCUUGAAUCUCUUCGAAGAGAUGCGUCGCAAGAACUUGGUUCCUGACACGGUAACUUACAAUACACUAGUUGAUGGCUUGGGAAAAUCAAGGAGAAUCCCUUGUGCCUUGGAGCUUCUCAAAAAGAUGCAUGAUCGAGGUCAACCUGCUAAUAUAGUCACUUACAAUUCUUUGCUGGAUGCUUUGUUCAAUAUCAAACAACAUGACAAGGCACUUAUGUUAUUCAAUCAAAUGAAAGAGCGUGGCAUUGAUCCUGACAUAUAUACAUACACCAUACUUAUAGAUGGCAUGUGCAAAAGUGGAAGACUUAAAAAUGCAAAAGAGAUUUUUCAAGAUCUUUCCAUUAAAGGCUAUCAUCCAGACGUGAGGACAUACACUAUUAUGAUAAAUGGGCUUUGCAAAGAGGGCCUACUUCAUGAAGCAUUGGCUUUCUUGUCAAAAAUGGAAGACAAUGGCUGCUUACCAAAUGCUGUGACUUAUGAAAUAAUCAUUCGUGCUCUGUUUGAAAAAGGUGAAAAUGAUAACGCGGAGAAACUUCUUCGGGAAAUGAUAUCUAGAGGCCUAUUGCAAGGAUAAAAGUUGGUGAGAUUCUUCUUGUUAGACAUCACAAAAUGUUGUUUGUAUCUCUUUCUUUUUAACUUGUGUUUUGUUCUCAAUUAUCUUUCGAUUCCAUAUUAAUGCUUUUAGAUCUUCACAUGAUUGUGAUUCUUUAUUCUGCUUUACCCACACCUAAGUGUUUUCUUUGUCGUUGCUUAUUUUAUGGCUUUUUCGGCGACUAGAUGGCUGUUAUAUGUGGCUUGUCGGAUCUAUCAUUAUUUCCCCUUUUGUUUUUGUAAUUAUAUAUGUGCAUUGAUGUUAAUUUAUU